UGAUUUCGAGUAUUCGAGUAAUUUCGUCUUCGUUCGGCAUGUCGGCUUGUAAACGUAGGAGAUACGUUUCGCAAAGAUACGUAUAGACGGACGAAAAUCAGGUGCCAAAUAACACCAGUUGAUUAAUUGGAAGAGCAAAUUGGGCGCGAUGUUGCUGAACAACUAGCGAUACCCUAUUUGCAACAGAAACCAAGCUAAAUAAGUCAGCGUCAAAAUGUCUAUACCGCCUUACUUGCUGGGCCCAAACCCGUGGGCCACCAUGAUGGCCCAGCAGCAGGCCCACGCUCAGCUUGCAGCUGCGCAAGCUCACGCGCAAGCAGCGGCUCAUGCUCAGGCAGCCCAUCAUGCUCACAUGCAAGCAAUGGCUGGGCCGCCGCUACCGCAGCUGCCUAAGCAGCCCGAAGUUAUUUCCGAAGAUAAAUUGCAGGAAAAAGCUCAAAAGUGGCAGCAAUUACAGUCCAAACGUUUUGCGGAGAAACGUAAAUUUGGGUUCGUCGAUGCUCAGAAGGAGGAUAUGCCACCUGAGCACAUAAGAAAGAUUAUUAGAGAUCAUGGAGAUAUGAGCAGCCGAAAAUACAGACAUGACAAACGUGUUUAUUUGGGUGCUCUGAAAUACAUGCCUCAUGCUGUGAUGAAAUUGUUGGAAAACAUGCCAAUGCCAUGGGAACAAAUUCGGGACGUCAAAGUGCUGUAUCAUAUCACCGGAGCCAUCACAUUUGUCAAUGAAAUUCCAUGGGUCAUUGAACCAGUCUAUAUCGCUCAGUGGGGAACAAUGUGGAUCAUGAUGAGGCGUGAGAAACGAGACAGAAGACAUUUCAAAAGAAUGAGAUUUCCUCCGUUCGAUGAUGAAGAACCGCCUCUAGAUUAUGCAGACAAUGUGUUGGAUGUCGAGCCUUUGGAAGCCAUACAAAUCGAGCUUGACUCGGAGGAAGACGAAUCGGUUGCUACAUGGUUUUACGAGCACAAACCUUUGGUUGGGACAAAGCAUGUUAAUGGAUCAACUUAUCGUAAGUGGAACUUGUCCCUUCCACAAAUGGCAACAUUAUAUCGUUUGGCCAAUCAGCUGCUGACUGAUUUGGUUGAUCAAAAUUUCUUCUACCUCUUUGAUCCAAAGUCGUUCUUUACUGCAAAAGCUUUGAACAUGGCCAUUCCUGGCGGUCCUAAGUUUGAGCCCCUUGUGAAGGAUUCAAAUGCUGCUGACGAGGAUUGGAACGAGUUCAACGACAUAAAUAAAAUAAUCAUCCGACAACCAAUUCGUACGGAAUAUCGUAUCGCUUUUCCUUAUCUGUACAACAACAUGCCACACUUCGUUCAUCUUUCGUGGUACCACGCUCCUAACGUUGUCUACAUCAAGACCGAGGAUCCAGAUUUACCUGCCUUUUAUUUUGAUCCAUUGAUCAACCCGAUUUCACACCGAAAUUCAUUGAAGACAAUGGAGCCUCUUCUUGAAGAAGAUGAAGAUUUUGUACUGCCUGAAGAGGUUCAGCCAUUUUUGCAGGAGACUCCGCUUUAUACAGACAACACGGCUAAUGGAAUUGCUCUGCUUUGGGCACCACGUCCGUUUAACACGCGAUCUGGCAGAACUAGACGAGCGAUUGAUAUUCCCCUGGUAAAAUCUUGGUACCGCGAACAUUGUCCACCGGGACAGCCAGUCAAAGUUCGUGUCAGUUACCAGAAAUUGCUAAAGUACUUUGUCCUGAAUGCAUUGAAACACAGGCCUCCAAAGCCACAGAAAAAACGAUACCUCUUCAGAUCUUUCAAAUCGACCAAGUUCUUCCAGACUACAACUAUCGACUGGGUAGAAGCUGGUCUUCAAGUAUGCAGGCAGGGAUACAAUAUGUUGAACUUGCUCAUUCACAGAAAGAAUUUGAACUAUCUUCAUCUUGAUUAUAACUUUAACUUGAAACCGGUCAAGACUUUGACCACCAAAGAGAGAAAGAAGUCGCGUUUUGGAAAUGCAUUCCAUCUCUGUCGUGAAAUCCUCCGACUGACCAAACUGAUUAUCGAUUCUCACGUUCAGUACCGUUUGAACAACGUUGAUGCCUUUCAACUCGCUGACGGGCUUCAAUACAUCUUUGCUCAUGUCGGACAACUUACUGGCAUGUAUCGCUACAAGUACAAACUGAUGAGGCAGAUUAGAAUGUGCAAAGACUUGAAGCACCUUAUCUAUUACAGAUUUAACACUGGUCCAGUAGGCAAAGGUCCCGGAUGUGGAUUCUGGGCACCUGGAUGGAGAGUGUGGCUAUUCUUCAUGCGUGGUAUCACACCGCUGCUCGAACGCUGGCUUGGUAAUCUUUUGUCUAGGCAGUUCGAGGGACGGCAUUCCAAAGGGGUUGCAAAGACUGUGACCAAACAGCGAGUCGAGUCGCACUUCGAUCUCGAAUUGCGAGCCUCUGUGAUGCACGACAUCGUUGACAUGAUGCCUGAAGGUAUUAAACAGAACAAAGCCAGAACAAUUCUUCAACAUCUUAGCGAGGCUUGGAGAUGCUGGAAAGCUAACAUUCCAUGGAAGGUUCCAGGGCUGCCUAUUCCGAUCGAAAAUAUGAUUCUUCGAUACGUUAAGAUGAAGGCUGACUGGUGGACUAACACCGCACAUUACAAUCGCGAACGUAUUAGGCGAGGUGCUACAGUCGAUAAGACAGUCUGUAAAAAGAACUUGGGACGUCUGACAAGACUCUACUUGAAGGCAGAGCAGGAAAGGCAACACAAUUACUUGAAAGAUGGACCAUACAUCUCUCCAGAAGAAGCUGUUGCCAUUUAUACAACGACAGUUCACUGGCUUGAGUCUCGUCGAUUUGCGCCAAUACCAUUCCCACCAUUGUCUUACAAACACGACACGAAACUUUUGAUUCUUGCUUUGGAAAGAUUGAAGGAAGCCUACAGCGUCAAGUCAAGGUUAAAUCAGAGCCAGCGAGAGGAACUCGGAUUGAUUGAACAAGCCUACGACAAUCCUCAUGAGGCGUUGUCAAGGAUUAAACGUCAUUUAUUGACGCAGAGGGCGUUCAAAGAGGUCGGAAUCGAGUUUAUGGAUCUCUACAGUCACCUGAUUCCCGUCUACGACGUUGAGCCGUUGGAAAAAAUCACGGAUGCGUACCUGGAUCAAUAUCUCUGGUACGAGGCGGACAAACGCAGACUUUUCCCACCCUGGGUAAAGCCAUCUGAUACAGAACCGCCUCCACUUUUGGUGUACAAGUGGUGUCAGGGUAUAAACAACUUGCAGGAUGUGUGGGAUGUUAGUGAAGGCGAGUGCAACGUCCUGCUUGAGUCGAAGUUUGAGAAACUGUACGAAAAAAUUGAUUUAACAUUGCUCAACAGACUCCUCAGGCUCAUCGUUGAUCACAAUAUCGCUGAUUACAUGACAGCAAAGAACAACGUUGUCAUAAAUUACAAGGACAUGAAUCACACGAACAGUUACGGUAUUAUAAGAGGUCUGCAAUUCGCUUCGUUCAUAGCACAAUACUAUGGCUUGGUAUUGGACUUACUCGUGCUCGGUUUGCAAAGAGCAAGCGAAAUGGCUGGGCCACCGCAAAUGCCCAACGAUUUUCUGACUUUCCAAGAUGUAGCUUCUGAAACGGCUCAUCCAAUUCGUUUAUUCUGCAGAUACGUGGAUAGAAUCCACUUGUUUCUCAGGUUCACAGCAGAAGAAGCCAGAGAUCUGAUACAACGGUACUUGACCGAACAUCCAGAUCCGAACAACGAAAAUAUCGUAGGUUACAACAAUAAGAAGUGCUGGCCUAGAGAUGCGAGAAUGCGCUUGAUGAAACACGACGUAAACCUCGGUCGAGCCGUAUUCUGGGACAUAAAGAACAGAUUGCCUCGGUCGACGACCACCAUUCAGUGGGAGAAUAGUUUUGUGAGUGUCUACAGUAAAGACAAUCCCAAUUUGUUAUUCAACAUGAGUGGUUUCGAGUGUCGCAUAUUACCAAAAUGCAGAACGACGCAUGAAGAAUUCACGCACAGAGACGGAGUUUGGAAUCUGCAGAAUGAAAUCACUAAGGAAAGGACGGCACAGUGUUUCCUCAGAGUUGACGAUGAAAGUCUUCAGAGAUUCCACAACAGAGUCAGACAGAUCCUCAUGGCGUCUGGGUCAACUACUUUCACCAAAAUCGUAAACAAAUGGAACACUGCGCUCAUCGGUCUCAUGACUUACUUCCGCGAAGCUGUUGUCAAUACUCAAGAACUUCUGGAUCUACUUGUCAAGUGCGAGAACAAAAUUCAAACCAGAAUCAAGAUCGGUUUGAACUCUAAAAUGCCUUCGAGAUUUCCACCUGUCGUUUUCUAUACUCCCAAAGAACUUGGAGGACUCGGUAUGCUGUCUAUGGGACACGUUCUCAUUCCACAGUCUGACCUGAGAUGGUCAAAGCAAACUGACGUUGGAAUUACUCAUUUCCGAUCCGGAAUGAGUCACGACGAGGAUCAGUUGAUUCCCAACUUGUACAGAUACAUUCAGCCAUGGGAAUCAGAGUUCAUUGAUUCUCAACGAGUGUGGGCCGAGUACGCGUUGAAGCGUCAAGAGGCGAAUGCGCAAAAUCGUCGUCUCACUCUGGAAGAUCUUGAAGACAGUUGGGACCGUGGUAUACCAAGGAUAAACACACUCUUCCAAAAGGAUAGGCACACUCUUGCCUAUGACAAAGGAUGGAGAAUCCGAACAGAAUUCAAACAGUACCAGGUACUCAAACAAAAUCCGUUCUGGUGGACCCAUCAACGUCACGACGGUAAAUUGUGGAACUUGAACAACUACCGAACUGAUAUGAUCCAAGCGCUUGGAGGAGUCGAAGGUAUCCUUGAGCAUACUCUGUUCAAAGGAACGUAUUUCCCUACCUGGGAAGGUCUGUUUUGGGAGAAGGCAUCAGGAUUUGAAGAGUCGAUGAAGUACAAAAAAUUGACAAACGCACAGAGAUCUGGUUUAAAUCAAAUUCCGAACCGUCGUUUUACUUUGUGGUGGUCGCCGACCAUCAACAGAGCCAACGUUUACGUUGGAUUCCAGGUGCAACUGGAUCUGACUGGAAUUUUCAUGCACGGAAAAAUUCCCACGCUAAAAAUAUCCCUGAUUCAAAUCUUCCGUGCCCAUUUGUGGCAAAAGGUUCACGAAUCUAUCGUCAUGGAUCUGUGUCAAGUGUUUGAUCAAGAAUUAGAUGCUCUCGAGAUUGAAACUGUACAAAAGGAAACUAUCCACCCGAGAAAGUCUUACAAGAUGAACUCGUCUUGCGCCGAUAUCUUGCUCUUCUCUGCGUACAAGUGGAAUGUGUCCAGGCCAUCUUUGCUAGCAGAUUCAAAAGACAUGAUGGACAAUACCACAACCCAAAAAUAUUGGAUUGAUGUCCAAUUGAGGUGGGGUGACUACGAUUCUCAUGACAUUGAACGAUACGCAAGGGCGAAGUUUUUGGACUAUACAACAGACAACAUGUCGAUUUAUCCUUCUCCAACAGGGCUGCUUAUCGCCAUUGAUUUGGCUUACAACCUGCACAGCGCAUAUGGUAACUGGUUCCCGGGCUGUAAGCCUCUUAUCCAGCAAGCGAUGGCAAAGAUAAUGAAAGCCAACCCUGCGCUUUAUGUACUAAGAGAGCGCAUCAGGAAGGCUCUUCAACUCUACUCUUCAGAACCAACAGAGCCUUACCUAUCGUCACAAAAUUACGGAGAGCUGUUCUCAAAUCAGAUUAUUUGGUUUGUCGAUGAUACAAACGUCUACCGAGUAACGAUUCACAAGACUUUUGAAGGUAAUUUGACUACGAAACCUAUCAACGGUGCCAUCUUUAUCUUCAACCCUCGCACUGGACAGCUUUUCCUCAAAAUUAUUCACACCUCGGUUUGGGCUGGUCAAAAGCGUCUCGGACAGCUGGCGAAAUGGAAAACUGCCGAGGAAGUUGCGGCGUUGAUUCGGUCUCUUCCCGUUGAAGAGCAACCUAAACAAAUUAUCGUAACCAGAAAAGGAAUGUUGGAUCCUCUCGAGGUUCAUUUACUCGACUUCCCUAACAUCGUUAUCAAAGGUUCGGAGUUGCAACUUCCGUUCCAAGCCUGUCUUAAGGUAGAAAAGUUUGGUGACCUUAUUCUGAAGGCUACGGAACCUCAAAUGGUUCUCUUCAAUCUCUAUGACGAUUGGCUGAAAACAAUUUCUUCGUACACGGCAUUUUCACGUCUGAUCCUGAUUCUGCGAGCAUUACAUGUCAACACAGAAAGAACAAAAGUUGUUCUCAAGCCUGACAAAACGACUAUCACAGAGCCGCAUCAUAUUUGGCCAUCACUUACCGAUGACGAGUGGAUCAAGGUGGAAGUGCAGUUGAAGGAUUUGAUUUUGGCUGACUAUGGAAAGAAAAACAACGUCAAUGUUGCAUCGCUAACACAGUCUGAAAUUCGUGACAUUAUUCUUGGAAUGGAGAUCAGCGCUCCGUCGGCUCAGAGACAACAGAUUGCCGAGAUUGAAAAACAGACUAAAGAGCAAUCGCAGCUCACUGCAACAACCACUAGAACAGUCAACAAACAUGGUGACGAAAUUAUCACCGCCACUACUUCAAACUAUGAAACUCAGACGUUCAGUUCAAAAACGGAAUGGCGAGUGAGAGCUAUUUCGGCCACCAAUCUUCACCUCAGAACUAACCACAUAUACGUUUCGUCUGACGAUAUCAAGGAAACCGGGUACACUUAUAUACUGCCAAAGAAUGUUCUCAAGAAAUUUGUCACCAUCUCUGACUUACGCGCGCAGAUCGCAGGGUAUCUGUACGGCAUUAGUCCUCCGGACAAUCCUCAGGUGAAGGAGAUACGGUGUAUAGUAAUGGCCCCACAAUGGGGUACACAUCAAACUGUGCAUCUUCCAAGUUCUUUGCCAAACCAUCAAUAUCUCAAAGAGAUGGAACCGCUUGGAUGGAUACACACUCAGCCGAAUGAACUGCCUCAAUUAUCUCCACAAGACAUAUCAACGCACGCCAGAGUUAUGGCCGAAAAUCCUGGAUGGGACGGAGAGAAAACAAUUGUCAUUACAUGCAGUUUCACCCCUGGUUCAUGUUCCCUCACGGCAUACAAACUCACUCCUAGUGGAUUUGAAUGGGGGAAACAAAACACGGACAAGGGAAACAAUCCCAAAGGAUAUCUUCCAAGUCACUACGAAAAAGUACAAAUGCUGCUUUCUGAUCGUUUCCUGGGCUUCUUUAUGGUUCCUAGUCAGGGUUCUUGGAACUACAACUUCAUGGGCGUGAGACACGACCCGAAUAUGAAGUACGAACUGCAAUUAGCAAAUCCGAAAGAAUUUUACCACGAGGUUCACCGACCCGCCCAUUUCUUAAAUUUCUCAAGCUUGGAAGAUGGCGACGGCGUUGGAGCGGAUAGGGAAGACAUGUACGCGUAAACCGAAGUCGUUAAAAACGGCGUUUACCUUGAUACGAACUUGCUCCAGUGGCACUGAGAGCAAAACCAGUGCCGUGAAGUGUUCGGAGAAGAAUUUCGCUAACGUUUAAAAUAUUCACGCGGUAAAUCGAUUUAAACGCUCGUAAAAUUCACGACCUUGAAGAUGAUGGUCUUCUUUCCGAUUAUUAUUUCACGCGCUGAAAAACAUUUGUCGGUAUACAUUCAUCAUUUGUUUAAAGAAUUUCUCAAACAGUCGUAUCAAUUAUUCGACAGUGUGCAAAUGUUACGCGAGUCGCGUUGAGAGAAGAAAAUG